UUCUUCCUCCUUCGGCCGUCUCGCCCCCUUGCCGGUCGCCAACCCCCUCCCCUGUUGGCCAGCGCAGCUUUGCCCACCUUCGUUUGUCUGUGUUGCUUAUAUAACCACCGAGAAAGAGAUUGGGACAGGGAGACACCGAUACAAAGAGAGACAUCCUCGCAGCAUAUCAGCCUCGGCCCUGCACCCGCACUGGAUACCGAUGCAAAGCGACCUCCGCCAGCCGCUCUAUUACUACUACUCCUACUACUGCCACCACGACCACGGCCACGGCCACCGCUGCUACGAUGGACCACGCACACGCGAUGCACAUGGAGAGCCCCUUCGCCAUCUCACGUGAGGACGUCGACGCCCUCAACUCGUCAAAGGCCUUUUGCGCCCUGAGGCGGUGUCUAGCUGGCCAGGCCGACUUUUGCGCCGCACACUCGCAGUGCACACCCCAGUCCAAGCACACAUGGCUGCUCCACCGCGACAUCCUUCAUGCCCUUAUCAUGCCUAUCGUGACGCUCUUCUCGCGCGCUUCGACCCUAGCUUCAGCCGCCCUGUGCACCCAGCGCUCCUCUGACCUCGAACUUGCCUUCUCGGGCGAGUCCCGCAGUGCCUUUAUCGGCCUGCAGUGCUUCAUCGCCGAAGAGGCAGACUGGUGCCACACCAGAGGCUGCCCAGCAUGCGUUGUGACCGAGACGCUGAGCACUGACAGCCACAUUCGCCUGACGAUUGCAGCAAGCCUGCUUAGCACCGCAAGCGUAGCCACUCCCUCGCAAGACGAGCCUGCCCAGGACGCCAGUGAUAGGACACUGCCCCCGCUCCCCCACAUUCUGCCUGCCCUCCAGCACGCCGUUAAGAACGAUCCUUUCUGGGAAGGCUCAGACAUUUGGAGCUACAUUCUCUCGCGCGCCACCCAACUCUCUGCUGGUAUCCAGGCCCUUAUCGCCGAAUGCGUAAACCUCGAGUCACUCGUGUCGUCGCCAACCACGGACCGCCCCGCCACUAAGCGCGGCAUGACGCACCCCAACGUCCCGUUUGUAGCCUCUGGCCAGGCUGUCGAGGGCAAAGGCGCAAAGCUACGUAAGAGCAAGCUCGCAAAGAGGCAGCUGCGCCUACGAGAUGAAGAGAUUGAGCUCAUGCGCCGUGUCGCAAUGCAGUGCUGGGCCAAGGCCAAAGUUCCCAAGAACCUGAGGGCGGAUGCGCUAGCCAUGGGCGAGAGCAAGAGGACCAGGAGCUUGACUUGCCCGUGAGCAAGCAGUGCUUUUUUUAUGCACGGAGGAAAAAAAGCAUCACUCUAUGGCGUUAACGGUGUCUGGAUAGCAUAUGGAUGAUACCACAGCAUUUGACUCCCUUUUGUGUUUUUGUUUUGUCUUUCUUUUUGUCAUGGUGGAUUUCUCCUUGCAGUCCUGGUAUAUGGGGGACAAUGGUGUUUUUAGGGGGAAUACACACAGUACACGGGGGGUUUUGUGCACGCUCAACAUUCCAUUUUUUUUUCGGUCUUUCUUCAUUCUUUUUCUUGUUGCUUCUUCUUCUCCUUCUACUUGUCUUCUUUCUUUCUUCGUUCUUUUUUUUCCUUCUCAUUUCCUAUGUUGAAGCAUUAGGGUUUCUUUCUAGAGUAUACGACCACCACAACAACUGUCUUUGCUUUACUUUAGAGAUAUAUCUCCCUCCCU